AUGCAGCGACGACGUCGGAGGCAGCUUCCGGUCUCGUGUCAGCUCUGCCGGUCCAUGAAGUUGAAAUGUAGUCGCGACCAGCCCUGCUCUAACUGCGUCAGCCGCGGGGUCACCUGUGAGCGCGCAUAUCGGAUGGAGCCGACCACCUCGUCCAUCGCGUCUCCAAUCACCACCAGCCCUGUGCAAGCGCAGACAACGUACUUGCAGCCGGGCUGGCCCGCCAAUCCCAGUGCGGGCACUGGCACCGGCAGCAAUACCGAGAUCCUGUCGCGUCUACAGCGGCUGGAAGACAUCAUUCUUCGCACCCACGGUGCCGCUGCUCCGCGUCCCUCUACGGAGCCCUCAUACAUUUCCGAGGGCGAGGGGGACUCGAAAUGGCUGGAAGGGGUCGGGACCCGUGACACUUCCGUGGUGAGUCUCUGA